UGUCGGACGAGUUGUCUCUGUUUACACCGCAACGUGGAUGGAAGUUCUACUACGAUGAUACUUGAAUCAGAGUUUAUUUAACACGAGUUUGGUUGUGUCGACAUUUUAAAAUGGGCCAAAAGCGUAAAAGUGAGCACGCGUUGGAGCCUGACACGGCGGCCAAGAAAGAAAAAAUGAUUGAGUUCAACGGGACUCAUUUUAAAAGCAUGCUGAGAGAUCCCACCACAGCCUUGAAAGGACUUGAAACGUUCAUAGCAACCGCCAAGAAGCUUCCAUCAUCCGAGUUGUACGAUGUGGUUGAAGGUUACAUUAAAAUCUCCAUGGAUUGCGCAGAAAUAUUCAAACUGCUGGAAGGAGAGAAACAAACCGAGAAAGAGAUGGUGCUGAUCUUUGAGAGUCUGGAGAUGAUUCUUUUGAGAACCGCCAGUGACCUGUCCCACUUCAACAUGGUGGGCAACGCCAUUGUGAAAAAGAUCAUUUCUGCUCACAUGAAGCUGAUUCAAAGCGGCUUUUAUUCAACAAACAACAGAUUGGUUCGUCAGUGCCUGAGCCUCCUGUCUGCUUCCGUAUCUCAAGGGCCUGAAGCUGCCAGAGAAAUCUUGAGUCACAUUUACAUGCACAAGUCCCUCGCUGGCCUGGCCAAAAGGAAAGAUAAAACUGGAAGACCCGACGUCCGCAUGGCCUUCAUCCAAUUUGCCCUCUCCUUUUUGGUGUCAGGGGACAACGCAACAGUUGGACUGAUUCUAGAGGUCAAAGAGCUUCUGCCUGAGAUUCUGAGCACGGGGCUGAAGGAGGACAGGAUGUCCAUCGUCAAUCUCAUCUUGUCCACGCUGAAGACCAGAGUGGUGUUAAACAAGGCCAUCAGCAAAACGCAAAAGGUGCGCUUUUUCACAGCCGCACUCUUGGCCAACAUCGCCUCGCUGUAUAAAUGGAACGGGAUUGUGGACGCCACCGCCAAUGAGGAGGAUAUGGAGGAGGACUCUCAGAAUGCCGGGAUAUCGCUGGUGCGGGAGAUGGCUCACAGUUUCCUUCUGGACUUGUGCUGCUCCCGAAAGUACGGCAUCAGCUUCCACGAUGCCAGCUUUGGCACGGCGGGCAGAGUCGGCAACAUCGUGCUGCUUCAGUUCCUGGUGGGCCUGAAGCAAGCCACGGAGGAUGAGCUGGUGGCCCAGCUGGUGGUCCGCACACUCCAAGCCAGUCCGGACCUCCUGGCGCGCUACUUCAAAGAGACGCAGUACUCGUACUCGCCCCGCCUCAAAAGUGCCUGGCAGGGCAAUGUCGGGCUGCUCAAGAAGAUUUACGAGGCCCAGCCGGAUAUCGAUGUUGUGUUUGCGAGCGGCGAGCUGAUUCCUCUCCCUCGCUUGCUCGCCAUGAUCACGGUGGUCUCGCUGCCUCCCGUCUGCAACAAGGCCUUCUUCACGCAGGGCCUCCAUUUUCCCAACACAGCGAUGCAGAUCACCACCUUCAACAUGAUGAUCUUCAUCUUGAAUAAAGCCAACAAGAACUUGGAGUUCCUCACGGAGCACCGCUCGGACGUGUACGCGGCGCACACCGUGGCCGAGCUGGCGCAGCAGUACCGGGAGAUGCUUUGCAAGAUUUUGCCAGAUAUGACGAGCGUGGUUUCAAACUGGCAGUCGCUCGGCAAGAAGGACAAAGAUGACGGAAGUACGAAAAGCAAGGAAGCCCAUGCCAAAGAGGACACGGACACUUUAUUAGAUGGCCACACACCCGAGCUCGUCCUGCUCAAAGCGCUCAUCCUGAAGGUGGUGUGUCUCUACCAAAAAGUUGUGCCGCACUUGGUUACUCAGUGCAAGUUUGACUUCAGCAAGCUCCUCAAAGGCAUCGUGUCGGAGGGAGGUGUGAACGAGGGGGUGGCCCCCAUCUUGCAGCAUCAGAUACUACAGCUGGCCUUGGACCUUCCCGCAAGCAAGUUCUCGUGGUUCCGUCUACAGGAAGCUGCAGAUACCGACGAGAAGUCUGUGCUCUAUCUGCUCCUCAAGAUGUUUGUCGGCAGCCGCUCCGGCCAACUGAAGACCUCCACUCGGAUGCUGCUUUUGAAAGUGUUGAAGGACAGCGGCGUGUUUGAGUACACUUGGGCUGAACUUGAACUCUGGUUGGACCAGCUGGACAAAGUAGAACCCGGCCAACAAGAGCCGGUCAUCCAGUUCUUGGAGAGAGUGUUUGUCAAGCUGGUGUGCCAUUCGCACUUGUACACGGAUAAAGUGGCCAGCCUGGUGCAGGAGGCGGCCGAGCAGCAGGCCAACUCCAGCAGCCGGGAGGGAGACGGCGCCAGCGUGUGCGUGUCGCACAUCGACGAUGUCCUGGACAUGCUGGACGUCAUCAUGGAGGGCAGCGAAGGCGACACGGACGAAUUUGGGCCACCUCUGAGCGAGGACCUCGUGGUUCAGACCUUUCCCUUCAGCGUGGCCGUUCCCGCCGCCCUGGAGGCCCGCAACAAACUCACUCCAGACAAAGGGGGCGUGUUUGAGUACCUGUCGGCCGUGCUCUGUCACGUCCUGCACAGCCAGCGCGACCCGCUUCCGCUGUGCUUGGGUCUGCUGCAGUACGACAAAGAGCUGGCGUCGGUGUCCUCUUCUGAGCCGCACAUCUCGGUGGUGGAGCUUCACCGCUAUUACUCCAAGUGGCUGCCGCCGCCACCGUGUCCGGUCCAGCUGUUUAAAUUGUCACCAUAUCAACCCGGCAAAACGAGCUUCAACGCUCUAAUGAGAGCCGCGUACCUGGACGGCCUGAGUUCCGUGGCGGAGGACAACUUCGGGACAAAGGCGGAGGUCGCCAUAGGUUCCAUGUCGCUCGCCGACUAUCCGCUUUCUGUCAAGCAGAUUCUACUCUACAUCAAAUCGGCAGUGGACAACCUUAACACGUUUUCCAAAAACAGCGGCUUGGCCAUUUUGAAGAGCUUGAUGCAAAUACUCCAAGAUCUGGUGUUUAAGCUACAAAGCUGGGAGGUACCCUCGGAGCCUCAGCCCGCUGAGAAGAACACGCAAGAUGGAUCGGACCUCUUCCUGGACACGGACUGCUCCAACACUGCGGAGGCAGACAAAAAGAUGACGCUUCUCUCAGCCCUGAGCGCCAUCUUCAAGCAUCCCUACAUGGAGCAGUGGUACCUGUCUCCGGAACGGGCCAGCCUGCCCCCGCACUCUUUGAACCCUGUGCGACUCAAGCGCAUGUGCGCUCAGCUGAGCAACGACAUCACCGCCCUGUUGACGAUGAGCGCACCCACCCUACGCGAGCUGGGUCACACGGAGCUCAUGGCGCCCUACGCCGACGCCAUCCAGAACGCCGUGAGCAGGGAGCUGCUGGACACCACUUCCCGGACUCCCGAGACGCAAUCCAGAGCGUUCCGGGCCUUCCUGUCCUUGCACGGCUACAUGGAGCCCUCCAAAGUGAGGGACGCCGUGUCGGCGUUGCUGCUCCUCCCGCAGGAGAAGCUCGUCACCGCAAAAGAGCAGCUGAGCGUUUACGGCCGGGCCACGCUGCAGGUUCUCACCGAGAAUCGGGACGACGGCAUCUUCUUGUCGCGGGCUCACCUGGGCGGGCUGGGGACACUGCUGCUGUCCUGCCCCGGCCCGGAACCGGAGGCCUUCCUGCUCCGCACGCUGUCCGGCGAGCCCGGGAGCGCCCGGCUGGUCCACACGGACGUUCUGCGGCACUGCCUCCGCUGUCCUCUGGGUGACUCCCUGGCCAUCGCCGAGCUGCUGCUGAGCAACUCCUCCACGCAGCGCCUCUGCUUUGAGACGUGGUGCCUCCAGCCAGGUAACGUGGAGAAGAUGGCAGACCUGAUGGAAAACUUUCUGCCGCUCAUCAGAACGUACUUGCUGGUGGCGGGGCGAGCGGAUCCGGCCGCGCCCAAAAACGUCCAACAAGCAGUUUUAAAAGUCCUGAAGGAAAAUCUCUUGUCCAAGUGGAUCCGGUCAGCUCUGGGAGACGCGACAGAAGCCGCUUCGGUGGUCGAAGCGCUGGCGGAACUGAUCAAGCUUUCAGCAGACAUCGGAGACAUCGGGGACCUGAUGAAGAACCUGCCGGACACCCUUCAGAAAGUCGACGGCUUUGAAAGAUGGCAGCUGGUCGACGUCAUCGCAGAGAAGCUGUCCGCCUGUCCCGAAGAAGAUGUCACGUGGAGGAAGCGCCUCACCGCGUCUGCCAUCAAGUGUCUGAUUGCUUCUUACGGCCACACCAAAGAUCAGGCCGCAACCUCCUCCGUCCAAGAGCGCGACGUUCUGGAAAGGCUGCAGAGACUCAUCACAUCGAGUGACGACAUCGCCGCGGCUGACUGGCAGACGUUUGUGAAGAACGGACUGAAGUGGCGCUACGGAGACGAGCAUUUCCUCAACGUCCUGAGGAGCCUUUUGGAAGCCAUGUACUGCCCGAGCGACGCCCCAAAUGGUCUGAUCCCCUUAGCUACCCUCCACAUGAUGACCAGCAGCCACUCUCUCUUCCUGCCCACCAUGUUGGACGACAACAAUGACGAUGGCGACAAUGCCGCCAGGUGUCGGGUUAAAGCGGCCUUGGCGUCACUCCUUCUCUGUCUGGUGAAGAAAUGUCCGCAAGUGUGCAACCUGAAUCACUUCUUAGUACUUUUGGGAGCGUACGGAGCCACGCUCAGCGAUACGGAUCAGACAAUUCUGCUCCUCCUCCAGGAGUACGAAAAAAAUAAUGUCAGUCUUCUCCAAUUUGAGUCCGUUAUUUGGGGUCCGGCGGCUUUGGAGCACCACAAAACCAGGAAGAGCUUGGGAUCGUCUCUGUGGAAGCAGACCCACCCAAACGACCUUUUGGCAUUGCUCGACGCCCACAAGAUGCUCGGAACCAUCGCGCAGUUCCCGCAGCGGCGGACGAUUAUCCUGCAGGCAGAUCAAGUGCAGCUGUUCCACAUCCAAGGCGUGAAGGACCUCGACGGCUUGUACGACCCUUGCUUCCUCCUUCCCGUCUUCAGCACCAUUCUCCGACCAGAGUCUGUGGUGGACUGCUUCAAGUUUGUCUCCAGCCACGCCCUAGGCCUGACCUUGGUGGCUCUGAGCAGCUACGACGGCAAAUUGCGAGCGGCGGCGUACCACGUGCUGAGCUGCUUCCACCAGCACCUGGAUGCCGCUCGCUUCAGAGAGAAGAGACAGCUGCUGUACCUGCUGGACCUUGUGAAGAACGGCAUUCGCACGCAGAAUCAGCGGCUCCCCUUUGUCUUGACCAUGUACAUCAGCAAAGUGAUUCAGCAGAUGCUCAGACCCGAGGACCACAUGUACGUGGUUCUCAAUCGAUUCCUGCUGUCCCAUCGGAGUUUGGACAUGUGGAGAGUGCCCGAGUUCUUCAAGCUCUUCUACAGCUUUGACCUGGAGCACAAGACUGAGCGAGAGUGGAUCCUGAGCGUGCUGGAGGAAGGGAUAAAUGACCAACACUGCUACGACAUAUGCAACCAGCAAGGCAUCUUCCGCAGCCUCCUCAGCUUCAGCAGCAGCCCCUUGUGCGACGAACACGCUCAGGCGCAGAUCUUCAGGGUGUUGUGUCAGGCGGCCCGUGUCAGCAGGGCAGCGUACGACCUGAGCAACAGCUGCGGCCUGCUCACCUGGCUCAUACACACGGCUGAAAAAAGGAACCUCGGACAACAUUUACUCGGCUCCAUCAUCGAUCUGCUCCACGCAUUGUGGCUGACCAACCUGGGCAAGAAGAAGAACCCCGUCGACAGCGGCGAGACGUCGGAACGAGAGACGGUCAAGUGUCUCCCGCUCACACUCAUCAACGAAUUCCUAUGCGUGGCUUUAAGCGUCAGCCGCCGCUUGAGGUUGGGCGUGAACGCCGCCCAGCUCGCCACCUUCCUGCAGACCUUCUCGUCCAUACUCCGGCAUCGGACGAGCGCUCUCGGCGCCGGCCAGCGGUCCGAGUGGACGACGCUGCCGGCUCGGCCUCUGUCCACCACCGAGGCGCUCGCUCUGCUGCAGUGCUGGAGCGCCUUGUCUGGCCGCGCCGCGCUCCUGGGCCAAAUACAGCACUUGUGUGAAAAGCACAAAGUCAAGGAACUUUUGGGAGGUUCUGUGAAGGACAAGAACUGGGCAAAAGGCUCCCUAACCCUCACGCAAAAGGAGAAGCUGUCAGAGGACACCGAGACAGAAGAACAACGGCAGAGUGUCCUAGCCGAGUGCCGGUCCACUCUCUGCAGCAUCGUUAUGCACUGGCGACCCGCGUUUGGCCUCGGCCAAGAAAAUCCCACGGAGGGUUCCGCUCUGCUGGCGGUGGAAACGGGCCACCUGCUCGCCAAGUGGUCCCUCAGGUGCCUGGCGGAGGACCCGUACGAUGACCAACGCACCGAGAGCUUCUUGCGCUGGCUGGAAGCCAACGUCACGGCGGCGCACGAGGAGAUGGCGGACGCGCUUCUGCGCGACCCCGGCCUCGAGGCAGACCUGCUUCGCCUCUACCAUCGCGCCUGCCGCACGCCCACCGGCGAAACCUUCCGCUUGUUCACCCACGUUAUGAUGCGCUUGCUGGAGAGGCGAGGCCAACUCCCGCACACGCAUCGAGCGAUCGUUGCUGCUUGCAGCCCAGAAGACACUCGAGACGAGUCCAAAUGCGAAGCGGGCCUGGCUAUGCUGUCUCUGUACAUCCACGACGUGUGGGGCGGAGCCGACUCGCCACAAAUCUUCCUUUCUCACGUCGCCAUGGUGACCGGAGGCAAGCGUAAGCGGACUAAAGCGCACAAAUCGGCCGUCGGCGCCGUUUGUCAGGACUUUGUAGCCAUGACGACGUGAACGCUACGCGGCAGCGUGCGAGCGAUCAUGUUCAAAUGUGACUUUUUCAGGACCAAAACAAUUUCAGCUUGGAAGAGGCCAUUUUAUUUGCUUCUUUUUGCUCGUAAUUGUUCUUGUAGGUUCAUAUUAAACUGGAUGAUGUGUUUCUCCUCCGACUUCUGCGUCUACAUCUCCUGCAAUAAAACGAGACAGUAGUUUUUUUUUUUUUUGUUUGUUGGUUCCAUUUGAACUUGCACUCACCAUGGCAAGUGGGCACUGCCUGACAUGAGAUUCAAGGUGAGGAAGAGGACCCCCACAAAGGCAGCCAGAGUGAUCCAAAAUGCGAUAACGAUGGAGUCUGAAAGCGGUGCUGCAUUAGGUCAUAGGAGAAGAAAGAAAAAAGAAAUAUUCAAGCAAAGUGACUCACAUUUGUUGUAUUUUAACUUGCUUUGGUCCACAAUGACUGGAUCCACGUAGUCAUAAUAAUAUUCCCAUCCGUCGAAUGGCGCACUAGUCGAGUUGUCCAUGGUGAUCCCAGUUUAGGAUGCUGCUGCUCCCGCUAACUUUUGGAAGGAAUGUAAUCAAGCCGUGUUGUUCCAACAGAAAGUCGUCCUUGACUCGUUGCAAAAUAGGCGGGGUCCUAACCAGUGACUACCAUGUGUAGUUUUGCAGUUGUGUUAAAAAAAAAAGAUUAAAUUGUU